AUGGCGCGCCGUGCCUCCCGCCUUUCCGCGGCCACAACUCCCGCGCUCGUCUCUGCACACGAGACACUCGACGAUAUGAGCCUUGACGUCCCUGAACAGCUCCUCACGCCUGAGGCCAGUCGCUCUGAAACAUCCAGCAACAAUGAAAACGCGUCCACGGAAGAAAAACCCGCCACACGGCGCCGUUCAACUCGGGUAGCGCGCGUAUCGUUAGUCGCUGACACCCCGGAUAUUGCACCCGAGAAAGAGGAGACGUCGGCCUCCUCCAGCCAGGCCUAUGUUGAUAGCCUUGCCAAGGCGAAGCGCACGCGCUCUUCGCUACGGCAUAGUCUUGCCGUGAUGGACUCUUCUCUGUUCAAGGGCACUGCAGAUGAUACCAUGACGGAUAACCAUUCAAUGGCCCCGGACACCCCAGUUUCGAAAUCCUCACAGGAGACCCCUUCGGAGGAUAUGGCUACCUCACUUCAGCAACGCAACCUACGAAAGCGCGUGGAGAAGGCACUGGAUGAGGAUGAAGGAACUCCCAAGGCUAAGAAUCUUUUGGACCGAGCGAAUAGUGUUUUGGGAAAGCGCUCGAGAAAUCGGAGUGAAAAGGGAAAGGAACUGGGUCGACGCGCCAGCCUUCGAUCUCGAAAUGUCGUGCUUGACAAGUCGGACGCCGCUCCUCCGCCUGCUGAGCCUGCAUCAAAGAAGCGUCGAGUUUCAGAAAGCGACCUGUCCAGGCUGAAGGCGCAGGAAGCGAGCCCUUCUGAAGAACCAACAGCCCCGGCUGUGAAGCAGUACAAACCCAAGCGCUGGCUACCACACGGAUUGUAUACUGGACAGGAACCGACCGAUGCACCCCCGAAACAGCGUCGAAGCAAGACUUCUGCCAAAGCGAGCGGCAUUCCCCAACAGCGAAAACUUAUGCCGAUGCCAAUGUUUGCUGGGGCACGUAUGAUUCAAAACGGCCGCAAUUACCAGGUUCCGUUCGAUAUCUUCUCGCCUCUUCCGCCUGGUCAACCCAAGCCGGAUGAAUGGCGCAAAACUAACAAGAACGUUUUCAUUGGCGAUGCCUCUAGUGAAUGGAGAGCGAACAAGAAGCUGGAGCUUUCUACCUGCAUGUGCGAAGAAGAGACUGGCUGCGAUGAAGACUGUCAGAAUCGCUAUAUGUUCUACGAAUGUGACAGUGGUAACUGCAGACUGGGUCCGGAAUGCGGUAAUCGAAACUUCUCUGAGCUUAAGCAGCGCACCAAGGCUGGCGGCAAGUACAAUGUUGGAGUCGAGGUGAUUAAAACUGUGGAUCGUGGAUACGGUGUCCGCAGCAACCGCACAUUCGAGCCUAACCAGAUCAUUGUUGAGUAUACUGGUGAGAUUAUCACACAGAUCGAGUGUGAGAGGAGAAUGAGAUCGGUGUACAAGAAUAACGAAUGCUACUAUCUGAUGUACUUUGAUCAAAACAUGAUCAUUGACGCCACUCGAGGAUCCAUUGCUCGCUUUGUCAACCAUUCGUGUGAACCUAAUUGCCGUAUGGAGAAGUGGACUGUUGCUGGGAAGCCGCGCAUGGCCCUUUUUGCCGGAGAAAACGGCAUCAUGACUGGACAAGAGCUAAGCUACGACUACAACUUCAACCCGUAUUCGAGCAAAAACGUCCAGCAGUGUCGUUGUGGAGCGGAGAAUUGCCGAGGGAUUCUUGGCCCUCGUCCAAAGGAUAAGGAUCAACGUCCCAAGAUUGUGGAGGAAAAGAAGGUUGUGAACAAAAACAAAAAGAUGACCGGCACCAAGCGAAAACUUGCAGAUGAAGAUGAGAGUACUAACGCCCGAGGAGGAAAGAAGCGCAAGAUGAUCACGCCUAAGUCAAUCAAGGCUAGCGUCAAGAAAGUCAUAACCAAGGCUACCACUGCGCGUGGAAAGGCGGUUGCAAAGAAGGCAGCCACCACUGGUCGAGGCAGGACUGUCUCCAAGCAGGGCAUCAAACUGCCCAAGGUGAAAACAGCCGCCAGGGUUAAGGCUGCUAUUCGAGGACCUCGACGAAAGGCAGAAACUGCAAAGGCUAAACCAACCUCCUCUGCCAAGAACUCGCCCCUCAAGCGGCCAUCAGCUGAGACCAAAAAGCAGAUUCUUGCUGCUGCCGCCAAAGGCUCCAGGUCACAGGCUGAAAAGUCACCCGCCAAAUCUCCUGCAAAGUCGCCCGGAAAGCCUAGUCGGAAGCCUGGGCCUAAACCUGGUUCUCGUAAAGCACCUAUGAAGAGCCCUGUCAAGGCUCGGAUGCCAUUCAAGGAAAAGGGCAUCGUGGCGGCGUCCAGUUCCGCUAAGGCAAAGACUGCCAAAGGCAAGGGUCUGGGUGCGAGUGUGCGAAACGCAGCGAAGACCAUGAUGCGCGGCGUCAAAGGAAUGAAGAAAUGA